GCAGCAGCAGGAACCAGUGUGGGCCGAGCCUCCGGAGGUGCGUGACGGGGCCGCUAUGGCCGGUGAUAACCGCUCAACCUCGGCCCUAUUUAAGAGGGCCGAGCAGAUAAGGCGUUGGCAGGAGAGUGAGACCAAUAAACAGGAUAUAGUCGAUAACCACAGGACUCGGAAAGUUAAUUUUACUGACGGGUGCGUGUUCUUAGCGGCCUGCGCGGCGGGGGACAAACAAGAAGUUAUUCGCCUCCUGGAGAAGGGAGCUGACAUAGAUACCGCAAAUGUCGACGGUCUGACGGCCCUCCAUGCGGCAUGUAUAGAUGACAAUUUAGACAUGGUUGAGUUCCUUGUUGACCAGGGCACAGAUGUCAACAGGGGGGACAUGGAGGGCUGGACUCCCCUGCAUGCCACCGCCUCCUGUGGCUUCAACAGUAUAGCUAAGUUCCUAAUAGACCGAGGGGCGGAUCUCUCCUUAGUCAACAACGAUGGUGACCUGGCCAUCGACAUAGCAGACUCUGAUGACAUGGAGUGCUUACUACAGCAUGAAAUAGAAAGCAGAGGUAUUGACUGUGAGAUGUCCAGGAACCGAGAGGAGCGGCGAAUGCUGGAGGAUGCACAGUACUGGCUCAACUCUGGCUACUUGGCGGACCGACCACACCCAAAGACCGGUGCCACAGCCCUCCAUGUGGCUGCUGCUAAGGGCUACAUUAACGUUAUGAGCCUUUUGUUAGAGGCCGGUGCAGACAUCAAUGCUAAGGACCUGGAUGGGUGGACACCCCUGCACGCUGCUGCUCACUGGGGGCAGAAGGAAGCCGUUGAGGUCCUCUGUGAGAACAUGGCAGAUAUGGAAGUCAGGAAUUUUGUGGGCCAGAGUGCUUUUGAUGUGGCAGAGCACAGUUUACUAUCAUUAAUGGAGGAGCUGAAGAGGAAGCAGGCAUCCAUGAAACUAAUCAACCAAAACAAAAAAGGGCCAAGAAAGCGCAAGACUUCACCACUGAGCAACAAGAAGGAACGCGAAGAUCCACGGGAGUCUGAUGGUACGUCAGAGGAGGAUGAGUCCUCUUCGAAAGUGGAGAAGAGAAACAAGGUGAACAAGGAGAUCGCCGCCCCACAGAUCAUUCCCAUUAGCGCUCUGUCUAACAAGAGCACCAGCAGAACACAGUCCGAGUCAAGGUCAGAGAAUGCCUUCGAUGAGUCUGAGGUCCAGUCGUGGAGAAGACCGUCUUCCUUCAGGAGAACUAACCAGGAAGAGAAGAACCAAAAAGAGGAGGCAUCCCGCACCUCAUCCACCACCACCACCACCACUACCACAACCACCACCACCACCACCACCACAGCGUCCACACCCACACCAUCAGCGAGAAUCUCUGGCCGUGAUGCUGAGGAGGAGAGGAAGAGGACAGCAGCGACAGAGAAGGAGGAGAGCGCUCUGACCGCCACCCGAGAGAAACUCAAGGCUCGGUCAUGUCCGGCUCUCAGUCUGUUGGAGGAGGAGGAGGAAGGAAAGGAAGGAGGAAAUGGGGUGCAGGUUUUUCCUUCCCGGCCUUCAUCCCAUUUGGGGAGUGUUUCUUCUACCACUGCCUCUGCCCUGGUGGCCUCCCAGCGCCUCUCUUCCUCUGACAUGAAUCUUCCCUCUCAAUCACCCAUGCCUCCCCCUGUGGUACCAGUUGUUCAGCCUAAAGCCAUCCGGGAUACCUCCCAGGCCACCUCCAUACCUAGUCUUGUCCCCACAGCUGUCAUCACACCCACCACCACAUCAUCCACACCUCCUACCACAUCCACCCCAUCUAUCACCCCAUCCACCACUCAUGCCACACCAUCUUCCUUCACAUCCACCAGUACAUCCACCACCACUGCUACCACCACCACCACCACAUCACCACCACCCUCACAGGAUGUCAAAGAAUCAUUAGAUAUGGUCACUACUGCUGCUGCCACCAUCACCACUUCCUCGGCAGUGAGCGAGAGUGUGUCUUCCCCCAUCAGUACCACAGGCUUGGUGUCCUCACCAACUCACAGACCGCUGGGACUUUCACUCUCAAACCCUGUCUCUUCCAGUACCCUUCCUUCCUCAUUACUCCAGUCCACUUCCUCCUCUUCCUCCUCCCAUACCGUCCCCAUCACCUCUAUCACCACAACCAACACCCUGGCUGGCCUGGCCUCUCUCUCUACUAACCACACUACUAACAGCAAGGACCCUCGACUACUGGCAAGGUCCGCAUCCCUCAGAGAACGCAUUCAGAGGAAUCACAUGGACAGCAUGGGGCCGGCAGCAGCCAGCAGCACUGUCCUCACCACCAACACCUCACCCACCACACGCUCCAAAGGAAGCAAUGUGACCACUCUGACCACCAACGGGGGGCUGAGCACCCUCCCUCCCCCUCCCAAGACAGCCCCAUCCCUUCCUAAUGCCACCCCCACUACUACCAAACAGCCCUCUCCAUCUCCCUCACCUCCUUUGCCCACCACUACUGCCUCAGCCACUGUCACCACACCCCCCACACCUCCUCCCCCACCCCAGACCCCUCCCUCUGCCCAGCCCCCUGCACCAUCGUCCAAAAUGAGUCCUGGGGGUGUCAUAAAGAAUUUCUUCAACCUCUUGCAUUCGUCUAGGUCGUUCAUGCCUCCGAGCCGUGACGAGGAGAGCGAGACGCAGAGGAAAGCCCACGCCAAGAUGGUGCGCUCCACCCGCCGCUCCACCCAGGGAGUCACGCUGGAGGACAUCAAGACUGCUGAGCAGCUCAUGAAGAACAAACAACAGCAGCAGCAGCAAGCCACUUCAUCUAGUCCAGACACCAAGGAGCUGUCAUCCUCCACCACCACCGCCACCACCACUGUCACCUCCACCACCGUCACCAAUGCCGCCUCACCCACCUCACCCACCAAGCCAAAGCCUGACUCACCCACCAAAGCGGAUGAAGAGGAGCGGCGUCCUUCGUGGCGGCUGAAGCUGGAUGAGACGGAUAAAAACAGGUUUUCCCUGGAGAACGUCCGAAAAGACAAGUCAGAGGCAGAAAAUGACCCAGACACUCCCACAUUCACAGUACAGCUGCGGAAAAAGAACACUGAGGAGAAAGAUGAUGAGAAGGAGAGUGAGCGCAACUCCCAGACCCGCGAGGGCACCCAGGCAGCCAUCCAGCGACGGAAAAAGCCCAAGAGACGCUCCACAGGGAAGGUUCAAGUCAACAUGGACGAGAUAGACCCUGAGAAGAGGGCCCAGCGCUCUGCAGAACAGCAGCAGCGGCAGGGCGAGGAAGGCAGCGAGGAGGAGGAGGAAGAGGUUGAAACGGUAAGUGUCGCGGAGGAUGGAGUGACCUUGGCUCGGUGUGUCCUGGACGAGGAGUCUGUCAGUGAGAAAGGAGAUGCAGCUCGUGGCUCCACAACUUCCCUUGGCUCGACACUCAGCAGCCGAGCCACUUCCAGGUCUUCCUCGGUGGGUCCAGAGAAUGGAGACAUCGACUACAAGAAGUUAUAUGAGGAACAGUUGACUGAGACACACAGAGUCAAUGAGAGACUUAGAGGGAUAGAGAAUGAACUUCGGCAAUCCAGGGAAAGCAUUGAUCUCAGCACAAAGAAGCUCAACACACGCCUGGCGUUAGCAGAGUCUGAGAAGAGGGAGAAGAAGGCCCUGGAGCGCAAGCUGUCCGAGAUGGAGGAGGAACUCAAGCAAUUGCAAAAACUUAAGGCUGAAAAUGAGAAAUUGAAGGCUGAAAACAGAGCCUUGACUCGCGUGGUGUCCAAAUUGACCAAUUCAGCCACGUCAGGCAUGAGUAACUUGGCCACCUUGAGCAAAUAGUUGAUGAAGCAGGAGAACCAGCGACUGAAGGAUGAGAAUGGGGCCCUUAUUCGUGUCAUCAGUAAGCUCUCAAAAUAGAAGCACCUCCAACCUCUGAUGUGCUGUGCCCACUGUCAGCAGUCCCACCCUGGCUUGGACUGUGUUACCCAGUCAAAGUGUAAUCCAGGGAAUUACCUGGGAUGGUCCACAAGCAGGGCUAUAUAUGUAGUCUUGCAGGCCAAGUAGGGGGAUGUAUAAACUGUUUGGACUUUGUGUUAGCUGUUAUAUGCAGCUUGCUCACUUCCCUGAGCAUGCUAAGGUCUUGUUACAGUACCCAGUCUUUGCCACACAGCAGUGACCAAGGCGGCUUGAAAGUGGUGGUAUUGGUGUGCUUGCAACUAGAAUCAAGCACAACUUUGUCUCUUCCCAAUAGCACUGCUUACCAAGUACUUAAGCAAGACAGCAAGGCACCUGAUAUGUUGCUUAACCCUCCCUUGAAAUUAUUCAUUGGAUGAAUCACUGUUCAGUCAAGAGUUAUGAACCACACCAGCUGCUGGCACUGCUGGUGGAGAGGCCUGGCUAGGGCGGGGUGCUCCUUUCCCGGGCCGCAGGGAUGCUGGCUCACACCUGAGAGAGGCAUGUAGGUAGUCUUCCUCAAAGCCAGUUUGGAUGAUUCCAGUUGAGACACUGGGAAGGUCACCCAAAGUGUGUUUCCUACGCAUGAGUCUCAGAUGUGUGUGAAGGCCCAGAUUCGGUGUCACGUCACAGCAGCGCUGCACGUCAGAGUGCCGCACUGCUCAGUGUGCGUGUGUGUUGGUGUGAGGGGCUGUCCCUGACACACCCGGCCGGUGGCCCCAUCUUAAACCUCAACCACAAAAUGGUAAAAUUAGUGAAUUGUAUUUGUGUGUUUUGCCCCAGUUGUCUAAGCUUUGCAUUAUCCAUGUAUUUUCAUAUCCAUUUGCCUUUGUGCAGGUACCACUGUCUUAAGAAGGAAACCAUGUAGUUGCUGCUGAUUGGCUUAGUGUAAAAGUUGUGUGUCCAAGCCUGAAAUGUCUUUGGCUGAGGCCAGUUAUGCUUCUGUCCUGUGUCUGUCAUUCAGUAUUUAAACUGUGCAGUGCCACACUGGUGGUGUGGAGGAAUAGCCAUACUUAGUACACCAAAGGGAGAAGUGAAGCCACUUGUAGAAUGACAAGUGUACAUAAUCUUUGGACUAAUUGUUGUUAGUAGGUGUAGGUGUUGUUGGUAUGUGUCAGUGUUGUGUUGCCUGCUCACACCCAAUCUCUGAGUAGUCAUAUAUGUUUUCAGCACUGGAAUAUUGGUUACUUUUCUAUACUUAGAAUUGUUUUCAUGAUGAUUUUUGUAUUGUUUUGAGUGGAAAAAGUAAUGUUCCGAGCUAAGUACCAUAAUGGGGAUGUUGGAUUCGGUCAAUAAUAAAACAACAUUUCAAAAUGGAGUAUUCACUAGAAAAUACAACUUCUAUGGUUCUCAAAAUUCAUGUAGUAAAGUAUUUAUAAAACCAGUGUCUUGCUCAUAAUUUGAAAAAGUAAAAAAAAUAUUAAACUCACCAUUACUGCAGUGAAAACUAAAAAUGAAUCACUCUCCCUUAGAUCUAAGUGUGAUAUUCAGGAUUUAGUUAAUUUUCAGUGUUUUGUUCAUAUAUUAUUAAGUGACUUUACUGUGAACAUGAGUUACAAGCAUUUAGCCAUAUAGAACAAAUAGUACCAUGAGGUGGAAGUAAGUGGUUUCAUAAAGGUCAAAUCCUAUUAAUCUUAAGCUUUAAAAGGUGAGAAGAGUAAGUGUAGUACCUCAUACAUCAUCAGUGGAGAGGAACCCCAACCUUGGUGCUGAGGUCUUGAUCUUGGUGUUGAGCUAUUGCCGGGGGAUGACAAGGCCUGCUCAGGUGUCAGGUGGUGACUCUGCCACAGCACCAGAGUAAUCUGUAGUGCCUUAGCUGGUUCACCCCCACUGCUCCCCUGGUGUGGUGUGGUGGGUGGUGGUGUGGUGGGAAACCCUCACUCUGGUGACAAGGACUCGGACUCAAUUGUAUUAUGUCUUCUUGGGCUGGAUUUGUUUGUUCCAGUCUGUUUUCUUGGGAUGGAUUUGCUACUUUGUUUAUCUUCUUGGGAUGAAAAUUUAUUUUCAGUUUUUUUUCCUUGGUUGGGUUGGUAUUUUCAUUUGGUGGGGUUGUGUAACUCUCAAAUAAGAAUCAGGUUCGUGUGUUGAUGAUGAGGUGUUCACCAAUGUACUGUAUGGCUGUAUCUGUAUAUCAUGUACCUAAAUUAUAUUGUUCAGUAGUAUUCUCACUAAAUUCUUAACACCAGAUUUUCUUGGAGAAUUCGUGAGGCAUAAUAUCUUAAGAUUUUUGCACCAAAUUUUAGUAUAACAAAUUGAAGGACUUGUUGAUGCAGAAUAAGAAGGCUUUCAACAUAACAAAAUCUUUUUUAAUAUCACAUUUGAACUCCUGCAUACGUAAUUAUUUUUUAGAUAAGACAAAGAUUGGAGGUGUGAACAAGGUUUAAGCAAGCAUAUCAUUAUCCCUUGAGAGAAUGGAGUAAGUUACAUUACCAGACCUGGUUCAUGGACACCAUGUUGCUCUAUCAAACUGUCCAUGCUAGUGGGAGGGUCACACUAUUUGUUGUUGGACAUCUUCCAUGUCUUGAGUGACUGGCUGCCCUCAGAAGAGCUGAGCCGAGUGGAGGAGUUUGUGUGAUGCUUACCAGUUGACUGUGACUGCCCAUUGAGAUUCUGUGCCUUUGUUAUCAUGAAUGGAGGAUGAGCUGGUGUAACUCUGUAAAGACCUGCCUUUGUAUGCGCUGUUGUAUUCUAGACAGUGUAAAAUAUGUAGCUUGCUGUAUAAAAUUGCCUUUCUCUCUCUCUCUCUCUCUCUCUCUCUCUCUCUCUCUCUCUCUCUCUCUCUCUCUCUCUCUCUCUCUCUCUCUCUCUCUCUCUCUCUCUCCAUAUCUUCUGUGUAAAGGAAAAUCUGUAAACUGAUAUGAAGGUUGGCUAAAAUGAAAUAUUCAACUUUCAUCCAAGUUUCAUCCCCUUAAGGCCUCGCCAUGCCCGGUGAGCUUUGCUGGAAGCUCUCAGGCCAUGUGGCAGGAUGCCGAGGGAGGUUUUGUAGUGGAGCCUAGUCAAACAGAUUACCUUUGUCAGCUUAAUGUGUAUUACACACACACAAAAAAAAAAAAAAAAAAAAAAAAUGCUUUGGUUCCAUAAAACAUACAUAAUUUCCUUUUGUUUAAAUAUAUGGUAAAGAUUAUUAUCAUUAUUUUCCUUAGUUAGGACGUCUCUUUGUGACAGUGCAGAAAUUAUAUCAAGUGCCUUUUCUUGUUAAUUGCUGUGGAUAGAGGAGCAGUGAGCUACACUAGACGUCACUGUUGCUGAAUUACUGUGAGCCAUUUGUAAGAUGAACAAGCAUUGGUCUUGCCACUUUGUAAUUACCCGCAAUAGAUGGUAGUCACUUUUUUUCUGAAAUCUUACAUAAUAAUAGCAAAUAUUUAAGAAAUAAAGAUAUUUUAUAGUUAU